GGAGAGAGAGAGAGAGAGAGAGAGAGGGAGAGAGAGAGAGAGAGAGGAUUCCAGCGACAUCUAUAGAUUAAUGUCGGAUAUAAAGCGUGAUGAUUCAUGUGAGGUAUACUGCUGCGUAAAUCAUGAAACGCAUGCCUCCUCACGUGACAGAUUAAUAUACUUCCCCAUUAAAAUCGAGUAGAGAGACUUCCUAAUAUCUGCACACUUCUGUAAAGAUGGAGUUUGUUAAAGAGGAGAGAGAAGCAGAAACAUGCAGCGAGAAAGAGGAAGAACCCGAGGAGCGGAGAGACCUGACGGAAGAGAAAGGUGAAGGUGAAGAACCGAGUGAGGUGACGGAGAAGCAGCAGAGUCAGGAAAAGUCUUCGAGUUCCUCAGACACUGAAGAGAACGCUUCACAAAAGAGAGCGGACGCUAAAGGCUCGUUCUCCUGCUCUCAGUGUGGAAAGAGCUUCACUCGUAAAGGACACCUGGAGGUUCACAUGGUGAUCCACACCGGAGAGAGACCAUACACCUGUCCUCAGUGCGCCAAGAGCUUCACCUGCAAAGGAAGCCUGAAGGAUCACUUCAAGAUCCACACCGGAGAGAGACCUUUCAGCUGUCCUCAGUGCGGAAAGAGCUUCACAAACUCUGGAGGACUGAAGAGGCAUGUUCGGAUCCACACCGGAGAGAGACCGUUCACAUGCCGUCAGUGUGCGAAGAGCUUCCCGAGCUCAGGAGAGCUGAAGAGACACAUACGGAUUCACUCGCGAGAGAGACCUUACAGCUGCCCUCAGUGCGGAAAGAGCUACAAACAGAAGGAGGUUCUGAGGGAACACGCCAAAAUCCACUCAGGAGAGAAGCCUUUCACGUGCAUGCUGUGCAGGAAGAGCUUCACACAGCAGAGCACGCUCAAAGUUCACAUGAAGGUCCAUUCAGGAGAGAAGCUACACCAGUGUCCUGAAUGCGGCAGGAGGUUUUCAGAGGCCUGCAAUCUCAAAACUCACCUGCUCUCUCACACCGGAGAGAGACCCUUUCACUGUCAGCGCUGCGACAAGAAGUUUUUCCUGGCCGUGCACCUCAAAACACACAUGAGGAUCCACGAGGACGAGCGGCGAUACGUGUGUUCAUUCUGCGGGAAGAGCUUUCUGUGGCUGCACGGGUUUAAAGACCAUCAGAAAACUCAUAUGGGCGAGAAACCCUACGAGUGUCAGGACUGUGGGAAGACCUUCGCGAGAGCCGCCGAGCUGAAAGUGCAUGAACGGAUCCACACCGGAGAGAAACCCUACAAGUGUUCCCACUGUGAGAAGAGCUUCACUCAGUCGUCAGGACUGAAAGUGCACGAGAGAGUCCACACCGGAGAGAAACCGUACCUCUGUCCUUCCUGCGGGAAGACCUUCAGCCGAUACGGGAGUCUGGGAAAACAUUUAAAAAAGGCUUGUCCAAAGCUGAAGAAGGGAACUUGGAUGGAUUUUAACCCGGACUAAUGACCAUUAAUGAUAUUUAAGUGAACUCCGAGUAUUAGUUUAGAAAAAACUGCCACAUUUCAUAUUAGUGACUAGCGUUUUAUUUGCAUGUGGUUGCAUUAAACUCUACAGUCAUCACUUACUUUUCUAAUGUCUCUAAAUGUAUUUCUGUUGAUCGUAGCUCAUCCGUGCUGAAAGUGAUUUCAGUGUACUGUAAAAUCAAUCAAGUGUGAAUGUGUGCUAGUUAAUGCUGGACUGGGUUACAUUAAUCAUGUGAAUAAAUCACUUAAUAGACAGAUAAACACAUCAGCUGUGUAGUUCUAGUGCUUCUGACCGUGUAUGAAUCAUCAGCACGAGAAAGUCGCACCGAGAGAACACAUCUACUUCUAGAUACACUUUUUAUCUUAUGUGAUGAAACUGUUGUUUGCUGUUUCAGUCAAAGCAUUAUAUGUUGUUGUUGGUGUAUACCGAACCUGUUUUACAGUAACACUAUGAUCCAGAAGUGUGUUUAGUUUGGUGUUCACUCCUCCAGACGAGGUUCAGGACUGAAGCAGAAACAUCAUCUGUCUGCUCGUGUGUUUCCUCUCAGUCCUGUCGCUCAUCUCCUCAUGUCCUCUUUUACAUUCGUUUGUCUUUCCGUUCUGCUGUCAGUGGUUUGUGUUCAUGAAUGUCGCCCGCCUUCCAACCUUUGCUCUUAAUUGUCUGUGUUAAAGUAUCAGACCGUCACUUUAUUAAAAUGAAGAAUAUGAAUUCCAGAAGUGUCUGUAAGCCUGAUCUGUUGCAAACCAAACCUUGCUCUGGAGUUGACUGAUGUGGGGAUUCUCUUCAGGCUGUGAGGUAUAAUAACAGGAAAUUAAAGCUGAGUUAGAAAUGCAUUGGUUGUUUGGUUUUUCCUUUAAAUCUUUUUACACAAUAAUGACACUUUAUAAUAAAAGGGGUUGUGUGUGAGGCAUCUCAGUACAUGCUUAAAUGAUUGUUUUCCAGCAAGGGAACUGAGGACAUCUGGACUGUUCCAGAAGAUUUCUCAUAAUCGUUACAAGUUUUUUCUAUCAAAGAGCAUGUGUUC